CCUCUGCUUGUUUUCAUUCUUCUCGCAUCUAAAGGAAUAACAAGCAUCAAGCCAAGAACUCCCUCUGUGUCCUCUCUCCGUUUCUCUCUUUCUUUUCUUUAUUAAUACUAUCUUUUCUUGGUUUCACCUUUUGUAAUUGCAUUCUUGUUGGUUUUUUCCAACAAAUCUUUCAAAAAUACCCACCACACAUUGUUUGUCCUACUUCACCAUGGAGACAUUCAUUAAGGACUAUGACAAGAUUUUAAAAAAGCAGCGGGCAUUGGAGACGAAUGACCCUCUGGACCGCCUUAUUGCAGUCGUUAACGAGGCAAAGGAAAAAAUCCAAAAUGGCCCUGAAUCGGUGAAUGCUUCCUUGGCAACGCUCAGCAAGGCAAUCAAGACCGUCUCCAAUGGCAUUUCUGAAGAACAAAAGGAGCUUCAGAGCGCAUUGACUAAAUACUCAAAAGCAAUUGACAAGAAAUUCGUGGCGGACAUGAUGGGAACCAUAAAUCCUCAUGCGUUUGACAAUAAAGAGAAAAUCCUCAGAAAUACGAUAGCCAUGCACUUUAUUCGACAAGGGAAUUUUGAGGUCGGAGAUGCAUUUGCGAAGGAAGCUGGUUUAACAAUACCGGAUGCGAUGCGUCAUCAAUUUGUUGAAAUGUUUGAUAUCCAUGCGGCAUUGAAGGAGAAUAAUUUGGAACCUGCACUGCUGUGGGCUACACGUCACAGGAGCGAGUUAGAGAAACGACCCAGUACGCUCGAGUUUAAAUUGCAUCGUCAAAGAUACCUGCAGCUGCUGCAGAACAAACAAACACAGGAGGCUAUUGUAUAUGCGCGCAAAAACUUUGGCUACUUUGGAGAACGCCAUACGCAAGAGAUUCUUCGUCUUAUGGGUUGUAUUGCCUAUAUGGAUCGCAUUGAGACAUCACCAUAUGCCGACCUCAUUACACCCAGCUUUAGUGAUGAUAUUCAACAUAUGUUCACACGAGACUUUUGCAGCCUCAUCGGUCUGCCUUGCGAGAGUCCACUCUAUGUUAGUGUAACCGUGGGUACUCAAGCCCUACCAACUAUCAAUAAGAUGGUGGCAAUCAUGAAGGCCAAGAAGACUGAAUGGAGCCAGCAGAGCGAGCUUCCAGUUGAGAUCAACUUGACGGACAAUACGAAAUUUCAUUCAAUCUUUGCCUGCCCUGUGUCAAAGGAGCAAGCUACAGAGGAGAAUCCACCCAUGAUGAUGGUCUGUGGCCAUGUCAUUUGUAAGGAGAGUUUGGUGAAACUCGGACGUGGAAAUGCAAACCAACGAUUCAAAUGUCCUUAUUGUCCUACAGAGUCCAUGAUUUCUCAGGCCAAGAAUGUGUUCUUUUAGAAUUGAU